AUGUCGCAAUCCAGAUACGACUACGACGAGAACUCGGAAACGUGGCCGUAUUUUGCGCUCACAAGUGUGCUGCUGCCUCUUGCGCCGGCCACUUGGUCAUUGGUGAGGGAAAACUUGAGUCGUGGCUCGAAAGACGGGGACCGGUUACGCCCCGUGUCAUGGUUCAAACCUUACAACGAAUCGGCGCAGAAACACUACAAGAGCAAGAAGCGUACCAGGAGCAUCUUUUCACGAAAAUUUGUUCUUGUUGCGUUAGGCUGGCUGCUUGUCGCUGGAAUAGUGUACCAGAUCAUGGUGCAAGAAGUGGUCGUCGGAGAAACCAACUUUGAUCCUUGGAAAAUCCUUCAAAUCGACGAAUCGGCCUCUGAGAAGGUCAUCAAGGCCGCUUACCGGAAAUUGUCUUUGAAGUUCCAUCCAGAUAAAGUUGACACGUCCAAGAUGACUCCAAAGGAGAUCGAGGCGGUUGAUUCUGCUUACGUGCUGAUAAACAAGGCUUACAAGGCGUUGACGGACGACGCCGUUCGAGAGAAUUUUCUCAAAUAUGGCAACCCUGACGGGCCGGGAGACGUGAAGCACGGAAUUGCUUUACCGAAAUUCCUCAUUGAGGGCAAGAUUUCGCCUCUACUUGUGAUAGCUUACGUUCUUCUUAUUGCUAUUAUUUUGCCUAGUGUUGUUGGCUCGUGGUGGAACGGUGUCAGAUCAUACACUAAACAAGGACUUCACGUUGACACUGCUGCCCACUUUCUAGAUAUCCUGAUCAACUACAAUCCUGCCAAGCUCUACCAGAUUGAGACGGUGCUGGAGUACCUUAGUUCCUCUACUGAAUACAAGUCCAUCGACAAGUCUCUCACCCCCGAAAAGGUUUUGAAGCUGUUGUUUGCUCAUCUGGAGAGGAAAGCUCUCGACUCCAAGGAUGAACAGUUGAAACUGGAAGUUGUGGCUAUGACUCCGAAAUUGAUCAUUGGGUUUAUCGAUAUUGCAUCGAAUUUCAGGAAUACUGAUAUCUGUUUGAAACUAGUGGAGGCACACAGAUGUGUUAUUCAAGCCCUUAAUAUCGAAAGCAACGCCAUGGCUUACAAAUACAGACAAAUUUUGCAGCUUCCCGGCGUCGAGCUUUAUAAUUUGGAUACCAAACAGCCAAUCUACAGUUUGGGCAAGUUGCUGAAAAAUCCGAGUGUAGAGCCGGAAAAAUUCCUGAACUGUGCCAACACAGAUGAGGUACUAAAGCUCGCUUCUCAAAUCCCGCUAAUGGAGCCUCUGGAAUGCAAAUUCAAAGUCACUGGCGAGUCUUAUGUUCCUCCUAAUUCGACCGUACACAUCAGCCUGAAAUUUCUGGUCAAGUCUCCCGCUCAUAAAUCUAAACCAGAAAUUUCAAAGUUGAGCAAAGAGGUGCAGGAGACGCAGCUCAAUGAGCAGGAGACACUGGAAACAUUGAGAAACCCAAUGAAAAUCGUGGAGGACCAACCCGCAAUCACACUUUCUUCGGCCCCUGUUUAUUUCCCUGAUCCAGAAUAUUUGAAAGAAAACAACGGAUGGAUUGCCUUUUUAAUAAUCCAGAGAGAUGGAAAGCUAGGAGAGAACCCGCAGUAUGUUUCCAAGGUCGACCUCUCCAACCUCCGAUUGAGUCAAGAAGAGUAUUUGGAGUCCAAGGCCGUUGUCUCCACAUUUAAAUUCCCUCUUACUGCCCCUACACCUAACGAGGAAGGAAAGUUCCAGUUCCGUCUUGCCUUGAGACAUUUGGUCUACUUCGGCUCCGAUUUGGACAUUCCUUUGGUAAUGGAAGUCGAAAAUAAGCCAAUUGAGAAGACCAACAAAGAUCUGUACGAAAUUGAAGAUCCAGAAGAAGACUCUCUUGCUGGAGCUUUGGCCCAGAUGCGUGGAGAGAGUGUGCGUAAAAUUGAGGAUGAUUACAGCAGCUCUGAGGACGAGUCUGAAGAAGAGGAGGAAGUUGACUGGACAGAUAUAGAUACAGAUACUGAUGCCGAGGAGGAAGAGAAGGAGAAAUAG